AGAACAAUGUUACGUUCAUCGUUAAAUCUUAUUAAAAAUUUCAACAAAAUUGAAGCAACUUCAUUUUACCAUCAAAACGUAUUAGAUCAUUAUAAAAACCCAAAAAAUGUUGGCUCUUUGGACAAAAAUGACCCUACAAUAGGCACCGGAUUGGUAGGUGCCCCUGCUUGCGGGGAUGUUAUGAAAUUGCAGAUAAAGGUUGAUGAGAAUGGAAAAAUUGUCGAUGCCAAAUUCAAAACUUUUGGUUGUGGAUCAGCAAUUGCAAGUUCUUCUCUGGCUACCGAAAUGAUAAAGGGACAACAUUUGGAUUUUGCUGCAAAAAUAAAGAAUCAACAAAUUGCUAAAGAACUUUCUCUUCCACCUGUCAAAUUACAUUGCAGCAUGUUGGCGGCGGAUGCUAUAUCAGCUGCCGUUAAUGAUUACAAAAAGAAACAAGAAGCGAUUAAAAAAUGA